AUGGACAGUUCAUUAUUACCCAGUACCAUCGACGACCUCCAAGACACCGGCACUCUUGUCGGCCUCGAGCGUGGCCACCGCGAUGGCCUGAUAGCUGUUUGCGUCUUCGCAGGCGUCUCCCUGGUCACGAGCACCGCACUAUUCGUACAUCUCACACAAAAGCUGGUGCGAUGGCAUCUUGCCGACAGGAGGCGGAGGAAAUCCGAGAAGCAACGGAUAAAACGGCUGAAUGCGCAGUCCCCCGGUGUUGAUUUAUCUCUUGGCCUUCCUCCCCAGCACUUUCAGCGGAGGACAAGGCCGAUGACGGCCCAAGACACCGAGGAAGCGCGUGGCGACACGGGAACAAGGUCCGGGGUCGCCAAGUCCAUGACCCCCGUGCACAGGGAGCCGAACCAGUUUGUCGUCCUGCUGUACAACUUGCUUCUGGCCGACAUCAAGCAGAGCGUCGCCUUCUUCCUCAACGCCGUUUGGGUUGCUCGAGACUCCAUCGUCGUUGGUUCAGGUACCUGUUGGACGCAGGCUUUCUUCCUCUCCACGGGAGACUUGGCGGGAAGCCUCUUCAUUGCCGCCAUUGCGGUGCACACCUAUCUGGUAGCAAUAAAGGGCUGGAAGCCAUCCCAAAGAGCCCUGAUCAUGACCUGUUCGUCGAUAUGGAUCUUCAACUACCUCCUGGUCUUUAUCGGAUUUGCGGCAACCAACAAGGUCAACGUUGGGUUCUUUGGUCGGGCCACGACCUGGUGCUGGAUCACCAAGGAGCACGAGGAGAUACGUCUGUUUACUCACUAUCUCUACGUGUUUAUAUGCCUGGCCUUGACGACUAUAAUUUACACGUGGAUAUUUCUACAUCUCCGCCGCACAAGACGCAAGGAAGCCGAUGCCGACGCCCGUAAGUCAUCGCCCCCGACCACGGCGAGCGAUACCCGCGAACCGACAUUCUCCAACACGGCCAAGAACGACGUGUUGAUGCACACGCACGGCGACGGCUACAACUCGGCCUUCUUGAUCUACCCCCUGAUAUACGUGGUCUGCACCGCACCCCUCGCCAUCGGCCGUAUCGCGACCAUGGCCAGGGCGACGCUUCCUGUGUCUUACUUUUGCGCCGCGGGGGCCCUCAUCUCGCUCAACGGCUUCCUUGACACGGUACUGUGGGGCCUGACGCGUCGGGAGGUUGUGUUUGGCGACGUCGACGGAUCCGCGGGCGCCGACGGCUUGGGACUCGAGAGCUUCAGCUUCAUGCGCACGCCGCACAACCGAAAAUACGGCAACAUGAUUUGGAUCGAGGCCGGCGCCGACAAGUCCAAGGACAAGGACUUGAUGGCCAGCGGCGGCGGCCGGGGCCCGUCGGCAUCGUUCUGGUCCAGCAUACUGGGUGGUGACGGCCGAAGCGGACGACGGGAAGGGCGGGGCGGGGCCCAACGAAGCGUCUCUCAACAAUCUCUCAGGGGUUCCGCCGGCCUCGGCCGCGGGGAGACGCUCGGCGGGAUCCAGAUGGAUCUGGUCACCACCGUCGUCGUCGAGGUCGACCCGGAUAGGGUCGCAGACGGCAGCCCAAGAAAAGGCUCGGGCCUGUCUGUCAGCCCCGAGGAUUACGUCGCCAGCAUCGGACCGCGCGUCUCAUCUGAUUUACAUCGCCCCGGCGGCAGUGCGAGCUCCGACAUGUCGGCGCAGUCGGCGGCCCGGAGCGAGAAGGAUUUGCACAUGAACAUGGAAAUACUCAACCGAAUAUAA